CGCGUGCAGGCCCCGAACCUGACCCCUUCUCUUCAUAUCCGGAUCCGGGCUCCUCCCCACAAGACCGCCCCUGCGGCCUCUUCUCCCCAAUACUUGGAGUCUGACCCACCCUCCCUAAUUCCGCUAAUCAGACCCCUAAUAACCUAUAUUCAGACCCUGAAACAGUAAGCUGACCACUGUCACCUGGCAGAGGAUCUGGGCCACCUCCUCCACGGUGACGAGGAUACAUUAUUCCCGUCCUGGCAUUGCAGAAUAGGCUGCCUUCCGACCAUCACCCCUCCCCCAGCCGUGCCCCAGUCUAGCCUCCUUUUCUAAUAAUACAGAUCUGGGCUCCCAGACCCGCCGCACCUCAGAACCGAUCCUUUUCUUUCUCGCCUGGCUCCUCCAGCGAAACCCACCGCAUGCCCUCUAUCUACAGGUCUCCAGCCUGGGAAAAGAUGGCCCCGUGGCCCCAGAGGGGCCUGGUCCCACCUCUGCUCUGGGGCCUGAGCGUCUUCCUCAGCCUCCCAGGCCCCGUCUGGCUCCAGCCGUCUCCGCCUCCCCAGUCUUCUUCCCCCACUGAGCCCCAUCCGUGUCAUACCUGCCGGGGACUAGUCGACAGCUUCAACAAGGGCCUGGAGAGAACCAUCCGGGACAACUUUGGAGGUGGAAACACUGCCUGGGAGGAAGAAAAGUUGUCCAAAUACAAAGACAGUGAGACCCGCCUGGUAGAGGUGCUUGAGAGUGUGUGCAGCAAGUCGGAUUUCGAGUGCCAUCGCCUGCUGGAGCUGAGUGAGGAGCUGGUGGAGAGCUGGUGGUUUCACAAGCAACAGGAAGCCCCAGACCUCUUCCAGUGGCUCUGCUCAGAUUCCCUGAAACUCUGCUGCCCCUCAGGCACCUUCGGGCCCUCCUGCCUUCCCUGUCCUGGGGGCGCAGAGAGGCCCUGCGGUGGCUACGGGCAGUGUGAAGGGGAAGGGACUCGAGGGGGCAGCGGGCAUUGUGACUGCCAGGCUGGCUACGGGGGAGAGGCCUGUGGCCAGUGCGGCCUCGGCUACUUUGAGGUGGAGCGCAAUGCCAGCCAUCUGGUAUGUUCGGCUUGUUUUGGCCCCUGUGCCCGCUGCUCAGGACCUGAGGAAUCAAACUGUUUACAGUGCAAAAAGGGCUGGGCCCUGCAUCACCUCAAGUGUGUAGACAUCGAUGAGUGUGGCACAGAGCGAGCCAGCUGUGGAGCUGACCAGUUCUGCGUGAACACGGAGGGCUCCUACGAAUGCCGAGAUUGUGCCAAGGCCUGUCUGGGCUGCAUGGGUGCAGGGCCCGGCCGCUGUAAGAAGUGUAGCCCUGGCUACCAGCAGGUGGGCUCCAAGUGUCUCGAUGUGGAUGAGUGUGAGCCCGAGGUGUGUCCGGGAGAGAACCAGCAGUGUGAGAACACCGAGGGCAGUUACCGCUGCAUCUGUGCCCAGGGCUACAAACAGAUUGAGAGCGUCUGUGUGAAGGAACAGAUCCCAGAGUCGGCAGGCUUCUUCUCGGAGAUGACAGAGGACGAGCUGGUGGUGCUGCAGCAGAUGUUCUUUGGGGUCAUCAUCUGUGCGCUGGCCACACUGGCCGCGAAGGGCGACUUGGUCUUCACUGCCAUCUUCAUCGGGGCUGUGGCGGCCAUGACUGGCUACUGGUUGUCAGAGCGCAGUGACCGUGUGCUGGAGGGCUUCAUCAAGGGCAGAUAAUCCUGCCACACCCAGGCUGCCCCCGAGAUGGGGCCUCUCUCUUGCCUGGACACUUGGGAUAGCUUGCUUUAUUGUUGAUAGAGGGGUAAGCAUCCCCACCCACCUUCCGGAGCAGCCCAGGCACCAGGCCUGGGCAGGUGAGGCCCCUGGGGUGAGAAAGGAGCCCUAAAGGUGGAUGCCAUGAGAUCUAGGCCUGGGGGCACUGGGCAGGCUUCACAAUGUGUGUGAAUUUUUAAAAAGAAAGGUGUCUUUUCUUUGGCCCCUGCCCAGGAUGAGGGGGUCCCUGCAGGGGUGGGCCCAUUACAGCCCCCUCCUGCCAGCUGCAUGCUGCCAGCUCCUAUUCUGUACUCACCCCCACCCCUCAGCCACUGAUUUAUUUAUUCAUCUCAGGAAAUAAAGGUCUUGGAAAAUGGAGAA